AUGACUAACUGGGUAGAUUAUCAGGGAUAUCCGAUGUUGAUAGUUAAGAGAAUCAAAGAGGGCUACGAAUUGACACAGGAACGCGUCGUGAUCGUAAAUCUCGACGUGCAUCCUACCAAGUGGUGGUUACCAAUCACGUAUGUCGAGGAAUCGAAUCCUAAUUUUAGUAACACGACUCCCGUCGAUUGGCUCUCUCCGGACAAUACAUCACAUAUCGUGCCAUCUAAAGAAAAAACGGGAUGGAAAUUUGAUAUUUUCGAAGGGCAGAAAAUUGCAGAUGUAAUUAAUGAAAUUUUGUGUUCUGCGUCAGGUUACUAUCGUGUGAACUAUGAUAAAGAAAAUUGGGAACUGUUGACAAAAGAGCUGAACAAGGGGAACAAUACAAAAAUACACCCGGUGAACCGUGCGCAGAUGAUCGACGACGCGUUCAACUUAGCUCGUACUAACAGUUUGAACUACACGCUCGCACUGAACGUAAGCCUCUACUUAACGCACGAGGCCGAUUACAUACCCUGGCAUACGGCGUUCAGGCACUUGAGCUUCCUGCAGAACUUAUUACGCACCUCCGACAAAUAUCACACUUUCAUGGGUAUUAAGCAAACGUCCGGCUUAAUGAUCCGUCAUGCGGUGACCACUUGGAGGAACUUUCCGGGUUCGUCCGGCCUCUUCGAAGGCUCCACAUGUUUCGCGAAACCUAAGACCCACUUCGCUAGGUGGUGGGGACAUGUUUUUAAGAAAAGGGAAGAAAAGGGGGAAAAACCCCGAAGACAGGACGAGCGUCAGAGUCCGGGUCUUGCGACAUUGGACAUUAACCUGAAGACAGAAAUUCUCUGCGCUGGGGUCAGGUACGCGAACCAGAGCAUGUGGACCCGUACUCUGGAGUACAUAAUUGCAUCUGCGCUCGACGACGACAAUAGGAAGGAUCUGCAGGAGGCCUUAGCCUGUUCCAACUCGUCUGAGAUUCUGAAGAAAUACCUAAACUCAACUCUCGAUCCAAACUACUCAAUCGAUUUCCAGACCGCUGCGAUCAACGUGGUAUCCAGACAUCAAACCGGUCCCGAGAUCGUUUUCAAUUUCAUGCUCAAAGAAUAUGAACACAUCCGAAGAAUAAAGAAUUUCAAAGCCGUCGUGCAAGACGUCGCUCUAACAAUUGGUGGUGCAAUUACGACUGAGCAGCAGUAUGUUAAU